AUGGGUGGCUCUAUUGAUGCAAGCUUUCUCGAUCGCAUGUGGCUCCCACGGCCUGACAUCACGCAAGAGGACGCAAAAGCAAUUCUUCUCAAGCACUACGACCUUUCCGGAGAUGUAGAAGAACUUGUUAGUCAGCAAGACCGCAACUAUCUCAUAGUACAUGGCGCGGAAAGUUAUGUUCUUAAGAUUUGCCUAGCGGAAUAUGCGCUCACCGAACUCGAGGCACAGAUUUCGGCAUUCCAACAUCUUCGUACCAAGGCUGGUGUGCCACGAGUACCGAGCAUCCUACCAACCACCGAAGGCGGUUCCAUUAUUCUGGUAGAAAUCAGAGGACGAAAAUACCGGGCACGUCUUCUCGAGCACCUUGAAGGAGAGCCGGUGAUCGAGGAACACAGUCUCUCUCAGGAAUUGAUACGUGCUCUUGGGGCUUUAGCCGCAAGUCUUACGCUUGGUCUUCGCGAUUUUGCGCAUGCAGGUCUCAAUCGUAGCCUGCAAUGGGAUUUGCGCAAUGCUGGUGCAGUAGCGGACCACCUACUUUCGUCAGUUCAAGACGAUGAGCGACGUAGCCGCAUGUCUAAGGGAAUGAACACCGCCCUCACGCGACUGAAGCCUUUGGAGAAAGAGCUGCGAAUUCAGACAGUCCACCACGAUCUUACUGGCGAUAAUAUCCUAUGCCGCAAAGACCAAUCCGGUGCAUCUAUACCAGAUGCUGUCAUCGAUUUUGGCGACAUCACGCGAGGCUGGCUGGUGAGCGACCUGGUUGUCCUCUGCGCCUGGUUGCUUCAGUACAACGAACAGGAUAUUCUGUCAGUUCUUCCAGCAAUCACAGCGUAUCAUGAACUUUGUCCUCUGAACGAUGCCGAACUCCGGGCAUUUUGGCCACUGGUCAUUGUUCGCUCUGUCGUUCUGCUUGCUAGCAGCGAGCAGCAGCUUUCAGUGGAUCCUGCAAACAGUUAUGCUUGUCGGGACCUCGAAACUGAGCGAAGUGUCUUCGAGCGAGUGACAAGUGUCGAUGCGGAUCUGAUAUAUACCAAUAUUAUAGAAGCACUCGUGGGAGCUGCAGAUUAGGGAGAAGAACAUGCAAAUUACUUGUAGAAGCAGAUUGUCUCUGAAUGUAGGUUCCCUACGAUGGGUUCUGGUCGAAGAGAAGUUGCCAUAUGUAUAAGAGCUGGUGAAUUCCGAUAUCUUCCUAUCAGGU